GCGGGGCCCCGGCGGCCGCAGUGGCAGGGCCAUGGGGAACAUCUCCUCCAACAUCUCCGCCUUCCAGUCCCUGCACAUCGUCAUGCUGGGCCUGGACUCGGCGGGAAAGACCACGGUGCUCUACCGGCUCAAGUUCAACGAGUUCGUCAACACAGUGCCCACCAUUGGCUUCAACACAGAGAAGAUUCGGCUGAGCAACGGCACGGCUAAGGGCAUCAGUUGCCACUUCUGGGACGUGGGCGGGCAGGAGAAGCUGCGCCCGCUGUGGAAGUCCUACAGCCGCUGCACCGAUGGCAUCAUCUACGUGGUGGACUCAGUGGAUGUAGACCGGCUGGAGGAGGCCAAGACAGAGCUGCAUAAGGUGACCAAGUUCGCGGAGAACCAGGGCACCCCAUUGCUGGUCAUUGCCAACAAGCAGGACCUGCCCAAGUCUCUGCCCGUGGCCGAGAUUGAGAAGCAGCUAGCCUUGCACGAGUUGACCCCCUCCACCACCUACCAUGUCCAGCCUGCCUGUGCCAUCAUUGGUGAGGGGCUCACAGAGGGCAUGGACAAGCUCUACGAGAUGAUCCUGAAGCGGAGGAAGUCCCUCAAGCAGAAAAAGAAGCGGUAAAGCCCAUGGGUGUACGAACAGAUGGGAAAACAGACAAAGGAACCGAGGGGGAGAGAGAACCAAAGCGAUCCUUUUUUUUUUUUUUUUCCUCCUUUUUUUUCCUUUCCAAAUGAAAAGACCACAAUAGUGGUGAUAACAAUAUAACUCCUUCUAGCCAAACCCAGAUCCUGACUGCAGGCAAGAGCUGGGAUUUCCCUUUCCCACUUUUCCUUGCCUAUGAUCCGUUCCCGGCUGGAGGAGGGGAGCGUGGACCACUGCGUGCCCAGGGGCCAGCCCCAGACCCUGUGAGCUCCUGGGCUGAGUCAGGGCCUGGAAGCCAUGGAUGGAGAUGUUCUAGCGGGACUAGACAUUGCAGGUGGUGGGGAUGCCAGCAAGAAGCCGUGAUGCCAGUGAGUGCCCAGCGGCUGAGAGCCUGCAGACUUGGGGGGGUAGCUCCCACUGCUGCCCCUUCAUCCUUCAAAGGCACAGAUUGCUUUUCCGUGCCACAGCGGGCCAAGGGAUAAACAGGGCAGGACCCUGUUAAAAGUGCAUUUGAGAGAGGUUAAAUGUGCUUCUGGAUCUUUAA